GCCGAGUUUGUCAGAGAAACGUUUUUUUCUUCCCCCUUUUUGCUGUCUUGUUUGUUAAAGCGGUCUCUUUUCUUGUCUUCCUUUAAAGGGUUUUGUGUGCAUAAAGCUUUGGGGCUCUCAUUGCAACCUACAGGCAUAUGAGAAUGGCUUCUUCUUCUUCUUUUUCUUCAGCAUCAAUGGCAUUGGGGGAUGAGAAACCACAUGUUUUAGCUGUUGAUGACAGCUUGUUGGACCGCAAACUCAUUGAAAAGCUACUUACCAACUCUUCAUGUAAAGUGACUACAGCAGAAAACGGGCAAAAGGCACUGGAGUUGUUGGGCCUGGGUGAUGGGCAACACACCCUCAAUAGCGUUGCUUCGAAGGUAAACUUGAUAAUCACUGAUUAUUGUAUGCCAGGGAUGACAGGGUAUGAACUAUUAAAAAAAAUUAAGGAAUCCCCUACCAUGAAGGAUAUACCAGUGGUGAUAGUGUCAUCUGAGAAUGUCCCAACUCGAAUUAAGAAGUGCAUGGAUGAAGGAGCUGAGGAAUUCAUGUUGAAGCCGCUCCAGAAAUCAGAUGUUAAUAGGUUAAGAUGUCAGUUAACAAAGUUCAGCAAUCCUCACAAAGGGAUGCUUUGCAUGGGAAGAUAAGUGCCUCCUUUAGGAAAGAAGAAUAUGCACCAAAAAAAUCCAUAAGAAAAGGAAAAUGAAGACUGACCUAAGUGCAUAUGUUGUCGUCUAGAAACGGUGUUAGUUUAGUUUAUCUUUCUAUAGUUAAUCUAAAAGUUUUGCUAUGUAUAUAGCAGCACAUUAUGUGGCUUUUGCUCUUUCUAAUUGGCAUUAAUGCAAAUAUUUUGUGGGGCUA